CAUCUCCAGCCGCCUGAUCUCGCUUUCAUUUCACCUUCUAUUCUCGACGUAUCACAUCCUCGGACGAUCGUCCUUCUCUGCGCCCUCUCCUUCCUGAGUGGCAGACCCGGGUCUCAUCUCAGGUGCGACGAGCUUGUCCUGGCCUGGCCUCAUACUCUCGGAGAGCCCCUGACCAGCAGGGGUCCUGGCAUAGAUGGACCCGAAUUUGCAAAAGGCCUUGCUGGACCGCGUCUAUGAUAAGCGAAAGGCAGCUACUCUCGACCUCGAGAGACAAGUGCGCGAGGCUUUAGGCAAGGGUGAUCGAGGUCGAGUCAAUCUCAUCGUCCAGCAGCUCUGCACGCUACUGUCUCCGACGUCUCCUCAGAAUGUGAACGCUCGCAAUGGUGGUCUGAUCGGCCUAGCCGGGAUCUCCAUUGCCCUUGGUAUGGACAUUGCUCCUUAUUUGGAGCAGAUCGUUCCCCCUGUCCUGGCCUGCUUCACAGAUCCAGACAGCAAGAUUAGGUACUUUGCCUGCGAGAGCUUCUACAACAUAACAAAGGUCUGCAAGGGAGAGAUUCUGAUCUACUUCAAUGAAAUCUUCGAUGCUCUGUCAAAGCUCGCAGCAGAUUCGGAAGUCUCUGUCAAGAAUGGCGCGGAGUUACUUGACCGUCUCUUGAAAGACAUUGUCUGCGAGACAGCCCCUCAAUACGUGUCUCACUAUCAGGAUCUACCCCACAUCCGGGCAAGGCAAGAUGCUGCUGCAGGCUAUAGCGGUGGAAGCGCGGAGCUCGACGUUGCCCGUGAGAAGGCUCAUGCUGCAUCGCAUGGAGACAUGACACAUACGCAGGGCGGAGACGAGGAGCAAACGGCGGCCAACCGGACCUUCUCUCUGGCACGGUUCGUCCCUCUUCUCGCUGAGCGGAUGUACGUACUGUCUCCUUUCACCCGCAAUUACCUCGUCAGCUGGAUCACCGUUCUUGACUCUGUUCCGGAUCUGGAGCUUGUCAGCUAUCUCCCCAGCUUCCUCGACGGACUGCUCAAAUACCUAAGCGAUCCAAACACAGAUGUCAGACUUGCUACAGCGAAUGUACUCGCAGAAUUUCUGCGAGAGAUGCGUGAAGCAGCUGAAAGCUCUGCUGCUCGGGAAGAGAUCGAAGCGAGGAAACAAGAGAAGCUACGGGCAGCGGACGAGGCUAAUGGUGCAGGAAAGCAAGACGAAGAAAAUGCACAGCCUCAGCCAGACGAUGAGGGACACGCGAAGGGCAAUGCUGGCCCUGGCCAGGAGGAAGAGUCUGAGGAGGUAUGGGCCAUCGGCAGAGAGGUUCGCAUCGAUUAUGCUUCCAUCAUGGAAGUCCUCAUAGAUCAUAUUACCUUUCCUGACGAGGAGAUCCAAGCUACCACCCUUCAGUGGGUGGCUGAGCUACUUCUAGUCGUAAAGGACGUCGUUGUCCCCUUUGCCCCACGCCUCAUUCCGGCGGCUCUCCCAAAUCUGGCGCAUCAUAGUCCGGCUAUUCAGACGGCAGCUAAUGAGACGAAUUACAAUCUCUAUCAAGUCAUUCAAGAGCUACCGGCGCCUGUGGCAUCAACAGCCAACGUCAGUACAAGCCCUCGCACAAUCGCUUCAACCGCGACCACUGAAGGGAAAGCCGCUGCAGGCACGUCUAAGAGUGGCCUUACAGGAUCUUCUUCUCUUCCAAAAGUUGCCCAGCCGCCAUCUCCCCCGACAUCUCCGCGUCUGUCGUCCACAGCGACUUUCGCGGAGACAAUGACGAGUGAGGGUCAGAAUGAAGAACAGCCUGCACUAUCAGAUCCAUUCGACUAUCAAACGACCGUGAACAUGCUGGCUCUUCAGCUCCUGGACCAGCAUGAAGAGACGAGAGUGACCGCCUUGGAGUGGCUGAUCAUGCUGCAUCAGAAAGCGCCACAACGGAUUCUUACCAUGCAUGACGGUACCUUCCCAGCGCUACUGAAGACGCUGUCCGAUCCAUCAGAAGAGGUCAUCCGUUGUGACUUGCGACUCCUUGCGCAAAUCAGUAGCGCAUCGGAGGAUCUCUACUUCUCCUCCUUCAUGGCGAAUCUCUUGAGUCUCUUUAGCACGGAUCGGCGACUUCUGGAAACUCGCGGGAGCUUGAUUAUCAGGCAAUUGUGCGCCUCCUUGCACACCGAGCGUAUCUUCCGGACGCUUUCAGAAUUGCUGGAAAAGGACGAGGAUCUCGAAUUUGCUGGCAUCAUGGUGCAGAAUCUCAACAUCAUCCUGAUUACUUCUCCGGAGCUGGCUGACUUCCGGCGGAGACUCAAGAACGUCGAUUCCAAGGACGGACAGCAGCUCUUUGUCAGCCUAUACAGAUCAUGGUGCCACAACGCCGUGGCGACGUUUAGCUUGUGUCUUCUCUCGCAAGCCUACGAGCACGCCAGCAAUCUGCUACAGAUCUUUGCCGAUCUAGAGAUCACGGUGGCCAUGCUGAUCCAAAUCGACAAGCUGGUGCAGCUGUUGGAGUCCCCCAUCUUCACCUCCUUGAGGCUCCAGCUAUUAGAUCCCGACAAGAAUCCAUUCCUUCUGAAGUCGCUCUAUGGACUUCUCAUGCUUCUUCCGCAAAGUUCAGCCUUUGCAACCCUUCGUAAUCGUCUCUCCGCCGUGAGCAGUAUGGGGUCGGUGGCGAGGUCGACGUAUGCCCAGACGGCGAGGAGCAAGCUGAGCACUCGCGAUGAGAUCAAGUGGCCGGAGCUCUUAACGCACUUUAGGCAAACCCAGCUGAGGCAUGAGAGGGCGAGACGAUCGGCUGCCGCUGCUGCUGCCGGAGGUGCGACGGGGAAUGAGAGCCUGGUGCCUGGGAUGGCGGGAAACACUCAAGGAGGUAGUGGCGGCGGCAAAGGAGGCAAGGACGGCGCUAGCGUGUCGCCAUCUACGUCUGGCAGUCGUUUGGCUGUUGGUGGCGGUGGUAGUGGUGGAUCGGCUGCAAUGAAGAGACGCAUAGGUGGUAGCGGUUCAGGAGGUCCAGGUCAACGUGCAGGCUCAGUUGGUAUCACUGUUACUGGCGGCAGCGGUGGGGUCGCGGCGGGUUCAAGAUUGUCAACGGCAACGGCUUCAGCGACGAUCCCGGAGCGGAUUAGCAGCUCCAAUGGAGCUGGAGGCGGCAUCGGUAUGGGUGGCAGCGCGAGGCCCACUUCUCCGGUGACCUUGACAAAGGGCAGCGGUCGCCCUACACAGCCAAAUGCCAGUGCCAGUAAUUCCGCUCCGAGGAUAUCGAGCGGGAAGGGGCGGCAGUAGAGUCACCUUGUCGUUGAGCCGAUGGAAUGCAACGUCCAACUGUCAUCGGCUCAUUUACGACUGUCGCGUGUCAGGCGGCUAUGCAGAUUCCCGCCCCAGCCGCGGCUCAUUGUACCUGUCAAAGGUUGCGGUCAGACGUGGGAGCGCAAGAUGUGCGUGCUUCUAGCAGCCGCGGGCCUUUGCACCUGUCAGAUGGCUAUGCACUCCAGACAUCGUUCUGCGAGCCGCGCGCCUUUGUAUUUGUUAAAUCUAGAGGUAAAACUGAAA